UUUACGUCACUCAGCUACGGCCGUGCGACGCCUCGCCGCGCCACGUUAACGCGCGAAAACUUUACGUGACGAAACGUUACCAGAGAAUCUACGUAAAUAUUUAGUGUUUACUCUACAUGGAUUAAUGGAUUUUGACAGUGUUUUUAUUUCUGUGAGUUAUUUUGCGAAAAAAUUGAAUAGUUCCAUGAUAAAAUGUGUUAUCUCUCGACUACGGCAAAUGUGAGCUUUUCGUUUGUGGAUUUGUUUGGAUACAAAACAUUCAGGAUUUGUUAGUGGUGAAGUGUUUUCAAGACAACAAUAUGCGGAGAAAGGCCAACUCCACUCAAGGGGUGGAAAAAUUGAAGGGAAAGCGCAGGAAACAUCGGGACUAUGUCGAGAGGCUGGCGAGGGUAGCCAGAGAAGAGGCCCGGUUCGAGACCAAACAAAACUCUACUACAAUAUACUUGCCAGGCGGGUGCGAGCCAUUGUCAUGCGGCGCCGAGGCCGCCUGCCUACCCCACAACAACACCUUCUAUUACUGCCUGUGCACCAGCAACGGGAAACCACCCACUGACGAUUUUAAAUGCCCUAGGAGUACAGUGCCGGUGACUCCGCGGCCGAUCCACAACGUGAUCCCGCCGCGCACCAACACAUCCACCGACCGCUACCCACCGGCGCCGACCGCUCUCUCUCCGCAAUCGCCUGUGAGUGGAGGAAUGCUUGCCGAGGCCUCUUCCAACAACUACCCAAAGACAGGGACAGUUACCGCAGGUUCCGGGGCGUUACUUGCCGCUGUCGCAAUCGGUGGAGCUUUGUUACUCGUGCUGGUCUUAGCUACUGUCAUCAUGUGCUACCUCAGAAGACGCAUAGGCCUCGUCGAUGGAAAGGCUCAGCCGCGUGUCCGUCCAGGCGAACCUCUGCUAGCUGAACGGUAUAUAACGAACCCUCAGUACGGAGUGUACGGAGCGGGGAGUCUACCCACGGCCAGUACAGCACCAGGGUCGACGAUGGGUGGAGACGACACUAACAACGAGAGAGUGCCGUUACUGGAUCGCCACGCGCUCACAUUCCUUGAAGAGGUCGGGGAAGGGUGUUUCGGCAAGGUUCAUAAAGGAUUGCUAAGAACAAACAAUGGGGAAGAAAUAGUAGCAAUCAAAGUGCUGAAAGAGAGUGCGGGCCGCACCGCGGAGGAGGACUUUGUGAGGGAAGUGUCUAUCAUGUCGGCGUUCCGGCAUAACAACAUCCUCGCGCUUAUCGGGGUCGUCUACAGAGAUGAUAUCAACGCAAGUCCUUGGAUGGUGUUUGAAUAUAUGGAGUGGGGAGAUCUAGCGGGAGUAUUGCGAGGAUCAAGGGGCGGCGGGCGAGCGGGGCCCGCGCUGGAUGACCCCGCGCUGCUGCACGUGGCGCUACAGGUGGCGCGCGGCAUGCAGUACCUCGCCUCCCGCCGCUUCGUGCACAGAGACCUCGCCGCCAGGAACUGCCUCGUGGGCGCCCACCUCACUGUCAAGAUUGCCGACUUCGGCAUGUCCCGCGAUGUCUACACCUGUGACUACUACACCAUGGGCGGGGAGCGCCCCAUGCCCGUCCGCUGGAUGUCUCCAGAGAGCAUAGUCUACGCGCGAUUCACCCACGAGUCGGACGUUUGGUCGUACGGUGUAGUGCUCUGGGAAAUAUACAGCCGAGGUAAACAGCCCUUCUAUGGACACAACAACGACGGUGCAACGAAACUAAUAUUACAGGGAAUAGUGUUAGUACCUCCGGAGGAUUGCCCGCGGUUCGCAUGCGAACUGAUGAGAGAAUGCUGGAGAUCGGACCCGCGGGAUAGGAUAACUUUCGACGAAAUAUGUAGGAAAUUGGAGGUGGCCACGGCGGCGAGCGGGGUGACGACGCAGGUGCGACUACCGCGGCCGCCGCCGCCGCCGCAAGACUCAGCAGGGUAUCUGAUCCCGGCGCCGCGGCCGCCCGUGGACUACCUGGCGGCGCUGCCGGACCCCGAGCCCGAGUCGGAGUCCAGCGAGGACGAGGACGAGGAGUACACCUGACGGCGCGCACAUACGCCGGCGCCCGGCUACGUGCCGCACCACUCGCCCCGCGCCUCCACCUCGCUCGUCUUCACAUUCCCGCCGCCCGUGACCACGCCUGCGCCGCCUGAAGACUCCCGCCGACCGCACGUGGACUGCUAAACACAGAAUGCUGGGAACACAACUGGAAGGUCCAAAUCUAUAACAAUUUUAAGAUUGUUAAAUACUCUACCUAGUGUGAUAUUUUUCGUAAUACAAUACAUACCUACUGUUUUAUGUUUUAUACGUGUAACAAAAUAGAAACUGUUACCUUUCAGUACCUUAAACAACACUACUAUAAGGUUGUAUUUAAAUGUAUAUGUUUAUAAUAAAAUUCGUGCCAUAUACCAAAAAUCAAGUGUAAUGUACUAAGUGAAUUUAUUGUAAUAUAGUUUACGAUAGUUAGGAAAUCCUUAUACUUACCUCUAUUUUCUGUCGUAUAAUUGUUGACUGAUUGCAUUAAGGACGUACCUAAUCAAUUUAAAUGUGAUUAGUUAAAUAAAUAAUAAAUAAGUAAGUAUAAUAAGUAAUUAUAUAACACUGUUCAUCACUUACGGCACUUGAUAGACUGAAGAUUAUGAGACGAAUGGAGUGUUGUAAAUAAUAAAUAAAUCACAUAAUAAACAUGCAAAACUAUCCUCUGCAUUUAGAAAUUAUUGCUCCUAGAUGUAUUGGCAUACACUUCACAUUAAAAGCAUUACAAAGUUUACCUUUUCACACUAAAACCAACUUGCAUACAGAUUUAAAUAAAUUUUCAAUGAAUUCUUAAUGUUGAAGUGGAAGUGUAUCGAAAUAUUA